AUGACUUGGACAAGGCCUUUGGAGUUUAGAACGACGUCUCUUAUACCUAGGAUUAAGGCUGCUGAGAAACUCCUCGAGUCAGACAAAAAAGGUGACGAUGAUAGUAGUACUACUAAUGGAUCUUCAGGUGCACAAGUGAAGCUGCCUCAGCUAGAACUGCCGAAAUUUAAAGGAGAAGUGACAGAAUGUCAGUCCUUUUGGGACCAGUUCAGUUGCCAUGUAGACAAUUCAGAUAUACCAGUAAUAAGAAUUAGAGUAUUAGCCAAGUCUGUCAUCAAGAAAUGUGUUAGAUGUCAAAGACAUGAUUCAAGGGCUUGCAGUCAACCUGUAGCUCCUUUACCAGAAUUAAGGGUGAAGGCUGCACCACCAUUUACUGUAACUGGUCUCGACUUUGCUGGUCCUCUAUUUUGUGCUGAUUUAGCAUCGAAAAAGUUUUAUAUUUUGUUUUUCACGUGUGCUGUAGUCCGCGCCAUACAUGUAGAGCUUACUGACUCCAUGAGUGUCUUUGACUGUAUGCUUGCAAUUCGCAGAUUCAUUGCUCGUAGGGGCCUUCCAUCAGUGCUGUACUCCGAUAAUGCAAAGACUUUUGUUGAAUGUGUCAGUGAAUUGCAAAAGGUUUAUGGACACCUGUCUCCCCACUGGAGAUUUAUAGUUCCAAGGUCUCCUUGGUGGGCAGGUUGGUGGGAACGUUUAAUAAGAUCAGUAAAGUCUGCUGUUCGAAAAACUUUAGGUGGUAAUUCUUUAUUUCCAGGAUGUGAAUUAGAGCAAACGACUUUGCAUGAAGUUGAGGCAUGUGUAAACUCCAGGCCUUUGACUUUUGUUAGUGAAGAACCUGAUGCCCCUGUCCCUUUAUCUCCCUCUCAUUUUCUUAUUGGGAGAAGUACAGGUUUUCAAACUCCGGUGAACACUGACCCUUCUUGUAUUUCAGCUAAGGAUUUAAGUGAUAGAGAAAUCUUAAGAAGGCAGAUCUUAAAUAAGUUUUGGACUGUGUGGAGCAAUGAUUAUAUCAGGAAUUUACCUUGUGUUGUUUUGUUAAGGGUUUCACUCCCAAUUGUGACCUGA